AUGGGGGUUAGUAAGGAGCAGGUUGAAUCUUCACUCACGGCAAAACUAAGCCCUUCUCAUCUUGAAGUGGUUGAUGUCUCUGCUGGGUGCGGUGCAAAAUUCACGGUUGAGAUAGUAUCUGAACAAUUUGAAGGCAAAAGGUUGCUGGAGAGGCAUCGGAUGGUGAAUGCUGCAUUGGCCGAGGAGUUGAAAGAAAUUCAUGCGCUGUCCAUCACAAAAGCUGUGACUCCAAGCCAGUGGGAACAACAACAAGCAUCUGAGAAGACUCAAGCAGCAGCAUAG